AUGCCAAACGUGCAGCUGGACAAGAUCCAAGCUAUCGAGUACCAGAUCGAAAAUACUGAUAUGGGUGGAGAUUUUUGCUAUGAUGACGACGAAUUCGACGCCAUGCUCGAGGAUAUCAAGCUGUGCCACACGCUGAAAGUUGAGGGUGUCGUUUUUGGUGUUCUGCUUCCUGAUGGAUCAGUAGACAAAAUUCGCACUGCAAGACUUGUGGAAGCUGCCAAGCCUAUGCUAGUAACAUUCCACAGAGCGUUCGACAUGGUUAAAGACCCCUUCCAAGCCCUCGAAGACAUAAUCUCCAUUGGCAACAUCCAACGCAUCCUCACCAGCGGCUGUGAACGGUCCGCAUACGAAGGCCUCGACACCCUUGUCCAACUCUCCAACCGCGCUCAAGGCCGCAUUAUCAUCCUUCCUGGUGCUGGAAUCUCUGAAAGGAAUGUCAACAAGAUUGUUGGGGCUAUGGACGCGAAGGAGGUCCAUGUAGGUGCGGGCGGGACGAGGGAGUCGAGUAUGGAGUUUAGGAACCCAUGUUGUAGUAUGGGGUAUGCUGUUAGUGCGCCUGAGUAUGCGUUGAAGGUUACUAGUGCCACUAAACUUGGUGGGAUGAUUCAGAGGUUUUGA